CGCGACAUUCCCCCACCCCCCAAACGAACAAACAGAAGGAGAAGGAAACCAGAGAGAGCUACUAGGAGCUUUGAGGAUCAUGGGACAGGGAAUUUUGUUCUAUCUUCGCGCAUCUUGAAGUGAUUUGUCCUCGAGCGCAUCUACAAACAGGCUCACGUCCGCGAGCUCACCAAGGCACGAGCCAGAAUGUGAACAAGUAAGCACGGCGCCGUGUUUCAGCUUCAGUCAAAAUUAACUUAAUAAAAGUUUUACACGUUAGAGUGCGUUAACCGCGAAGGAGCAGAGAUGAAGUUCGAUGCAGAUGAGUUAGGCCUAUUCACUCAUUUACUGUUUUUCAAGGUAGAAUAUUGCAGCAGGUCCAUAAGAUAUUGUGUGAAGUGGAAAGGAUCCAUGUGUCCCCAACGCUCCGACAGACAGCCUGGUGCCUCCAAGAAGAACACCAAGACAAGCCCCGCUCCAGAGGAAGAAGUUAUCCAGCGUCAGCUGAGAGGUCAAAGGCGGAGGGGGAAAGGCAGUACUGGUGACAGCCUCUGUAUCGCAGGUGAGGGAACAGGGUGCGACCUCCUCGACAUCAUUGCCAAUCAGGAAGAGAAGCAAGUUGGUGAAGAAGAUGGGGGAAAGGUGGUAGAGAUAGCUGAUAAAGAACUGGACGACUCGGAUGAAGACCGAGUCUCUGUUUGCAGCAGCACAGCGUCUGGUCCCUCUUUUUAUCACUCCACCUACAGAAAAGCGAGGCCUUCCCAGAACCUGUGCUUGGCCUGUCAGAAGCUCUACCAGAAAGCAAAGAAGAUAAAAACACCAAUCAUAAACAAACUGCUGGACAAUGAUCCUAUGUCCCCGACAUGUGACCAGUGGGUCCUUAUCAAAAAGCGGACAUCCCAAAGGUGGCCUAAUGCAAGAGGGGAGCUUUUGAGCCACAUGAAGAAGAUAAAGAAGGCCUGUGAGAAACAAAGUGAGCAGCGUGUGGAAGAAUCUGCCGCCUGUUCAAGGCCGCACACUUUCCUCCACAGGAACCUCAGACGAUGUGUGAAAGCGAAAAAGGAGAGUAAGAAGAAUAAGAACAGGAGGAAGAGACAGAGAGACGGUUCGCAGGGUACUCGUGUCGCUAAGCAGCAGCGUCUCCACACCAACGCUCCCAUCAAGAUGACCUGUGUAGAGCCAAACAGCCGCCGAAAAAGCAGCAGUCAGGGGAACAGAGGUGUGACUGCUGAGGCGAUUCCCUCGUCUGUGACACAGGAAGCCACCACACCAAGCAAGAGAACACCAAAGCAGACGGGUAGAUUCAGAAACUUGCUGGCUGAGCUACGGAGCAAGAGCAGCAUGAUUGUAAGAGAAACACACUAGUGAGGAGGCAGGAUGCGAGUGCUAAUCGCUUUUAGUCGUGAUGUUCUGCUGGUCUUCAGUAUUGUUACCUAUUCGGUGGCCUAUGCCUAGAGUUACUUGACAAAGUGCCGUCGCAGUUCUGUGCAUGUUUUGUUUGUGAUCCUUUAAAAUUAAAAAUAAUAUUUAUUUAAUGUUCUUUACAACUGGACAGCUGUGAAUAAAUGUUUAUGUUGA